AUGCAACGAGCUCACACUUUUGGUCAUAGAGGGCGUGAUGCAACCUUAGCACGAUUCCGUCAACUCUACUGGGUAACCCAAGGAAGCAAACUCGCUCAAUCAAUCAAGAGUAAAUGUCAGAUGUGCAAGCUACGAGAAGCAAAGUUCCUCGAGCAGCAAAUGGGACAACUACCGGAAGCAAGAUUGAAACCAGCUCCAGCUUUCAACCACGUUAUGAUAGACCUUUUCGGACCCUACUCGGUUCGUGGAGAAGUACAGAAAAGAACAAGUGGUAAAGCGUACAGAGUAAUCUUCACAGAUCUAGUUAAGAGAGCAGUCCACAUCGAAGCUGUGUUCGGGUACGAUACCGAAUCAUUCCUAAUGGCCCUCAGCAGAUUCGUCAGUGUUCGUGGUUGGCCCGAAAUCAUAUAUAGUGAUCCCGGAUCACAACUAAUUGGUGCGGAAAGAGAACUCACGGAAACCUGGAAGAGCAUUGACCGACAAUCCCUACAUAAAAGUGGCACAGAGAAUGGAUUGACCUGGAUCUUCGCCCCGCUGAUAGUCCUUGGUACCAAGGAGCUGUAG